AUGGUUCUGGAACUUCAUGUCUGGGGUCCGGCAUUUGGAUUGCCAUCGAUUGAUCCGCAGUGUUUGGCGACCAUUGCCUAUUUCUCCCUCGUGCUGCCCAAGGACGCGUGGGUGCUGAUUGCAAGCAGCGACCCUUCCGUGUCUCCAACUAAUGAACUCCCUGCCCUCAAGAAUGGCAAAGCCUGGGUGAGCCGGUUCCGGAAUAUCGUCGACUACCUGCGCCAAUACUCGAAUGGGGAAUGGGAUCUGGAUGAAGUACUGAGCGGGACGGACCGGGCAGAUAACAUUGCAUUCUCGUCGUUUAUCGAAUCGCGCGGCCAGCCCCUCAUCGACCUAUCCCUCUACAUCACUAGCCAGAACUACUACGACAAAACCUCACCCGCCUACGGCGCGAUUCUACAAUGGCCGAACCAGUGGAUUAUCCCGCCGAGACUGCACUCGGCCGCCAAAAAGCGAACAGAGCCUCUGGGGCUAUCAUCUCUGGACCUGCAAGCGAUGGAAGACCAACGGAAACGGGAACACUCGGCCGCCGUCGCGGCCGGCCAGAUCCCCGAGAACCUCAUCCAGCGGCCGCGGGACACGGUCUCGGGCCUCCUGGGUAAGACCGCGCAACAGAACCGGUUCAAGCUGGAAGCCCUCACAGCGGAGCUCUUCGACCCCCUCGAGGAGAUGCUCGGACAGAAAUCAUACUUCUUCCCAGGCGACAAGCCAGCCACCGCCGACUGUCUCGCCCUCGGCUACCUCUCCCUAGCCCUCGUGCCGGACCUGCCGUACCCUUGGCUCCGCGACGCCAUGAAAAUCAAAGCCCCGAAUCUAUCGCGAUACACCGAGCGCCUGCGCCAGCACUGCUACGGCGCCGUCGCCGUCGACGUCUCGCACGCAUUCGACGGCCCAAGCCGGCCAGCCACCGACGCCGCCUCGCCUCUGCCCUGGCUGGCGCCCGCACGCGCGACGGCCGUCACCGUGGGCAGCACGCUGCUCAACACGCUCGCCGACGCGACCCCGAUCCUCAAGAACAUCCGCGCGCACGAACGGCUUCGGCAAGCAGCCCAGUCGCCGGACUCGGGCCUCUCGCGCGUCGAGAGCCACGCCCUCUCCGCCUACGCCACCGGCCAGAAGAAAGACGUGCUUGUCUCCGUCGCUGCGGUGGUGGGCGGCGUCGCGGCGCUGCUCGGCUACAUGGCGCACGUGGGCCUCCUCCAAAUAAGUUACGGGUCGGACGAGGAGGAAUGGGAAGAGGAGGAGGAGGAGGAGGAAGAAGAGCAGCAAGAGGGAGGAAUAGCUGGGAUUCCGGAGUCGUUAAGCGCCACCGAGUUUCUGAAUUUCUGA